CCUUACCUUGGGCGCGGGAGUCCGGGCUGCGGCGCGCCGGGCCCGGCCGGACCGUGCGAGACCCCGCGUCCCAAUCAGCCCCACCGGCCACAUCCCGGACGCCUCGCCCCCACGCCCCGCUCACUCACGGGUGGGCGGGCUCUUCGUUCCCGUUCCCCGUGAUACUUUGCAGACGCUCCCCGGCGCUGCCGGUCCCUGGGCUGGACUCCGCGUGCGGGUGGUGCCGCGGGCGCUCCGCUGCUGGUCUACCAACAUCGCCAUGAACGACCGACACAGCCCGCGGCGGACAAUGAAGAACGAAGAGGACGGUCUGGAGAUCUCCAUCCCCUUCGAUGAGGCGCCGCACCUGGACCCGCAGCUGCUGUACACGUUGAGCCCGGCCGGUGGCACCGCGGAGGGGCCCCCCGAGGCCUCGUCGCCCUCCCCGGUCCUGAUGACCGCCAUGAGGGCGCAGCUGCACCUGGCCGUUGAGCGGAAUUCGUGGCUGCAGAAGCGCAUCGAGGACCUGGAGGAGGAGCGGGACUUCCUGCGCUGCCAGCUGGACAAGUUCAUCUCUUCCGCGCGGGUGGAUGCAGAGGACCAUGGCCGGGUGAAGCCAGGAGCCAGGCGGGUUGAUGGGGACAGCCGGGCUGCAGUUGGAGGCGAGGCCUCAGACCCCGAGUCUGCAGCCUCCUCGCUCAGCGGGGCCUCUGAAGAGGGUGGCAGCGGCAGCGAGCGCAAGAGGCAGAAGCAGAAGGGCAGUGCUGGCCGGAGGUGCUUUGGAAAGCCCAAGGUCCGGGAGAGGCAGCGGGUGAAGGAUGCCGACGGGGUCCUCUGCCGUUACAAGAAGAUCCUGGGAACCUUCCAGAAGCUGAAGAGCAUGUCGCGGGCCUUCGAGCACCACCGCGUCGACCGCAACACCGUGGCCCUGACUACGCCCAUCGCCGAGCUGCUCAUCGUGGCCCCAGAGAAGCUGGCCGAGGUGGGGGUGUUCGACCCGUCCAAGGAGCGCCUGCUUGAGUACUCGCGCCGCUGCUUCCUGGCGCUGGACGACGAGACACUCAAGAAGGUGCAGGCACUCAAAAAGAACAAGCUGCUGCUGCCCAUCACCUACCGCUUCAAGCGGUGAUGGCCGCCCACCCACCCACCCG